CUCUGAAGCACACACCAACUUCCUGUUUUGAAGAGAUCAAAAGAGCUUCAUUAUGGAUGCUGGUAGAAGACAGAUUUUGGGUUUGGCUUUAGCCAUCAUUGGUGUAUUGGGGACCAUCAUGAUCUGUGGUCUCCCUGCCUGGAAAGUCUCGGUACACAGAACUUCUGUGUACCGUGAUAACAUUUAUGGGACUUGGUAUGGUUUAUGGAAAGUCUGUACAAUAUACACCACAGGCAAGAUGGAAUGCAUUGGGUAUGAGGUUUUUCCACCACUGGUAGAUGACGCCAUGAAAGCUACCAGAGCACUCGUCAUUAUCGCAAUCCUCAGUGGGAUCUUUGGAAUCCUGCUUGGUGUGGCCGGGAACAAGCGCAUUAACUUCAUGUUGGAUGAUGGGCAAAAACGCAAAGUGGGCUUUGCUUCUGGAGUUGUCUUCAUCAUUGCAGGUUUCUUGGUGCUCAUACCUGUCUGCUGGAUGGCCAACAUCACCAUUCGUGAGUCCUACAAGGACAGAUAUGACAGUGGUGUCAGCAUACAGCUGGGAGCCUCACUCUACAUUGGCUGGUUCACCACUGGGCUUCUGGUCCUGGCAGGAGGCCUGCUCCUGUACCGACAGGAAUGAUACUGUCAUACUGAAAGAAAGGCAUUCAUUAUCACAGCUAUGUAAGGCUUGCUUUUUUCCCCCCAGCCCAUUGAAAACAAGAGUAAUGUUUGUUUUGCAAUGUUUUCAUAAAACACUUCUUUUAUGAACUUCUGUUUUUCCCUUCAGUGAUGACAAUAAUAGAGCCUGAAAUUUAAUGAAAGUAAGAAGAAAUGUUAUCAAUAUGAAUGUGUAACUUAAGUUCUUUCUUUAUCCCCCCCCCCCUCCCGUGUGAAAUUAUUACGCUGUGUGUGUAAUAUUAUAGAAUGUGUAUGCAGUGGUUUAAGUCUAAGCCUGAUAACUAUUUCAAUAUAUUUCUUAUAAACUGCUUCCAUAUUGAUGAUAAUGUGAUUUUCUUUUACUCUUUGAAUACUUUUCUUUUGAGUUGUUGUUGUUGUUGUUGUUGUUGUUUUUUACUUUUAUUGCUUUAUUGCAUAUCAAUACAAUU